AAAUACGCCGUCUAUAAAGUGGUCGUCAAUUGUGAUGACAAGACUUGGGUUCUCUACCGGAGAUAUAAUGAAUUCAGCAAAUUGUGUGAUUUAGUUAAGAAACAAUACCCGUGGCUGUCCAAGGACCUGAAGCUUCCGGGCAAAAAACUUUUUGGCAACAACUUUAGCAGCGAUUUCAUCAAAACUCGGCGCAAAGGUCUCGAUAAUAUGGUGCAGACUAUGCUUUCCGAACCCAGAGUUUUAGAUCACGCUGAAGUGCGAACUUUUUUCCAAUUGGAUCGGUUGAGUAUGAAGAGCAGUAGUGGUGACGAGGACCAGGACAAUGAAGAAGAGUUGACUAUCACUGCCAAUAAUUGUGACAAAUUGAUAGAUUUGGGUCCCUCUGAGAAACAUCACGCGAAGGCCAGUGACUUUGAGUUCUUGAAAGUGAUAGGAAAGGGUAGUUUCGGGAAAGUAUAUUCCGCGCGACAUAAGGCCGAAGAC